AUGGAGCUCAGUGGAGAUAGCUGUGCUGGGAAAUAUUUAGCUGUUGAAUGUAAUUUCAAAGGUGAAGACUCCCAGAAGGAUGUGCCCGCUCCACGGAUCAGCUGUCCCAAAGGCUCCAAGGCUUAUGCCUCCCACUGCUAUGCCUUGUUUAUGACACCAAAAUCCUGGAUGGAUGCAGAUAUGGCCUGCCAGAAGAGGUCCUCAGGACACCUUGUGUCUGUGCUCAGUGGGUCUGAGGCAAACUUUGUGGCCUCCCUAGUCAAGAACAGUGCGAACACCUACUCAAAUAUCUGGAUUGGGCUCCAUGACCCCACAGAGGGCUAUGAGCCCAAUGCAGGUGGAUGGGAGUGGAGUAGCAAUGAUGUGCUGAAUUACUUUGCCUGGGAGAGAGACCCCUCCACCAUCGCAAACCCUGGCUAUUGUGGGAGUCUGUCAAGUAGCACAGGAUAUCUGAGAUGGAAAGAUUACAACUGUUUUGUGAAGCUACCCUAUGUCUGCAAGUUCAAGAACUAAGUCUGGGGAGACAUGAGGAACCUGAGUUUUGCAUGCAACUCAUCAUGGACAUGGGACCAAGUGUGAAGACCCACCCUGGAAGGGAAUAAUUUCAAACCUCACCACUUCAUUCUGACCUUUCUUCCUUCCUGCUCAUUUAUUUUCCUGUUCUUUUGUUGUAUUACAUGACCUGAAAUCUUAGAAUGCAAUAAUAAACAUUUCACUCCA